GGGGCGCGCGCUGAUGACGUACGACCCUAGCGACGGCGGUCACCAGGGUGCGGCCGCGCUGCACAGCGGUAUGGACGCGACCACCGCCCCGCACCGCAUCCCCCCGGAAAUGCCCCAGUAUGGGGAGGCGAACCACAUCUUCGAGAUGAUGCAGAACAUGCUGGAGCAGCUUCUGAUCCACCAGCCCACGGACCCCAUCCUGUUCAUGAUUGACCAUUUGCAACUAGACAAUGAUUACGUGCCGAGGAUCCUCGUGCUGGGCCCGCCCGCCUCGGGGAAGACCACCGUGGCGAUGUGGCUUUGCAAACAUCUGCAUAGCAAUCUUCUCAGCGUGGAGAACUUGAUAGCAAAACAGUCUUCCUCUCUGGCGGCAGGUGCCAGGCAGCAUUAUCAGAAAUUCAAGACGCUGCCCAGCGGGCUGCUCGUCAGGCUGGUCCAGGCACGUCUGCGGGAAGAGGACUGCGUCACGCGGGGCUGGAUUCUGGAUGGCAUCCCGGAGACGCGGGAGCAGGCUCUGCUGCUCCAGACCCUCGGCAUCGCCCCCAGACACGUCCUCGUGCUCAGCGCUCCAGACACGGUCCUGAUUGAGAGAAACUUGGGGAAGAGAGUGGACCCCCUAACCGGAGAGGUUUAUCACACCACCUUCGACUGGCCCCCCAAGCCCGAGAUCCAGAACCGCCUGAUGGUGCCCGCGGGCAUCUCGGAAGGAGAGACGGCACGGAAGCUGCUGGAGUUCCACAGAAACAUCGUCAGGAUCGCCCCCUCGUACCCCAAAAUCCUCAGGGUCAUCCCUGCCGAUCAGCCGUGCGUGGACGUCUUCUACCAGGCUCUGACCUACGUCCGCACCAUUCAUCGCUCUAACGCCCCCUUCACCCCGAGGGUGCUGCUUCUCGGGCCCACGGGCAGCGGGAAGAGUCUGCAGGCCGCCCUCCUGGCCCAGAAAUACGGCCUCGUCAACGUCUGCUGUGGGCAGCUGCUCAAAGAGGCCGUGGCGGACAAGUCCAAGUAUGGCAAGGUGAUCCUGUCCUUUUUCGAAAAGGAGAUAGCAGUCCCCGACAGCAUCAUCAUGAAAGUGCUGGGCCGGCGCCUGGACCAGCAGGACUGCGUGGAGAGAGGGUGGGUGCUGCACGGCUUCCCGCGCGACCUGGACCAGGCGCACAUGCUGGACAGCCUGGGCUACAAGCCCAACAGGACUUGGCUGAGUUCGAGGCAAGCGCACAGUCACCUGGAAGAACCAUUUUAGGAAAACCUCCCUUCAGAAUCUUGCGUGGGCCCUUCCGUCAGUGCCCACCUCUGCCUGCUUACGUCCCUCAUUCCGUCAUCCCUUCAUCCACUCGUGUUUACUGAGUGCCUCCGGCCUGCGGGGCCGGGGUCCCUGCCCUUGGGAGCGUCCCGGGAGAGGGUUCCCUUUGGUUCGAGGCUCUCAGCUUCCCCCAGAGGCUUGCGUUUCAGCAUCAAGUCAACCUCGAAACUGGCGAAUGUCAGCAGAGGAUUUCAGACUUGGAAGACUCCCGAAGGAUUAUUCCUUCAGAUCUCUUAUUUCAGCCCCUAAAAUAGGGGGCUCCGGGAGACGAAGAGCCUGGAGCUCAAGGUCACUUGGCAGGAGUGGAUGGGGUGGGGCGGGGACCGGUGCCCCUGGCUGUGCUCUUCGCCUCCUGGAACAGGAAUGUCCUGCCUUUUUAGCACCUCUGUCACCCCCAGCGCACUGUGUUUUGAGUAUCUGGUGUUCUCUCCCGAGACGCUUGCACGAAGCUCCUCCCUCUUCCCUCUCAGCCUCGUCUGUUUCUCUUCCACGAGGCAGAGAUGGGAUGGUGCUCCUGGCUCACAAGCAGGUGAUUAACCAAAGCAGGGAGCCGUUCGAGUCCUGUGGCUGGGACCGAAACCCAGAUUCCUCUCCAAUGAAUGUGUUUUUUAACAAAAAAUAAAAUCAUGUGUAUGUCUUUUUA